AUGAUGAAUCUUGGUAUGAUUAAAUACCGCGCUGAGGGAGAGUUUGUGAAGAAAGUUGACGCGAGAGAAAGUGAUGACACAGGAAGAAAGUGUAAACCUGAAGAUAAAGUACAAAAAGAAAGGCUCAGAAAGAUCUUGCAGAAACAUAGGAAGAUGUUCCACGGCAUAGGGACAUUAAAGAAUCCUGAAACAGGAGAGUCAAUCUUCACACACAUCGAGAUGAAUGUCGAUGCAAAACCAGUCAUACAACCCCCCAAGACCUGUACCACACCAUCUCGAAGAAAGAACCAAGAUGAAAUUGGAUUACUUCGUUCAAGAAUGGAUAAUGACUUGGACUAA